CUAGGGUGUGCAAUCGAGAUUCAUCGUGAGGCUCUGCUCCACAACAAUUUUUUUCGCCGCUACUCUCCGACACACUGAGAUCGAGGUCUGGGUCGAGAGAUCGACGACGAGGGAGAAAGAGAAGGCAAGAUGGGAAAAGGAAAAAUACGGAUGCAACAACAUGACCACUGCACUCCGACCACUGUCCCUCGGAGUGGGUGUUGGUGCCCCUCCAAGAAUCCAGUCUGGACCGGUACAAGGUAGCAAGGAUGAAGAAGGAGGAAUCAUGGCCCGAGCCAAACAGGAACAUCAUAGAGCCCCACUAAACCAAAGCCAUUUUCACUUUCAUGUGCGGUCGACCUUGCAAAAUCGUCUUCUGAAGACUUCCAUCAGUGACGUCGAGGCGCGUCCAGAUGCGCUAUCGUGGGAUCGCACACCAAUCACACCUCGCACCGCGACCACCAUGCCUCCAGGUACCUACUCCCACGUACCGCCUUUGCACUAUCCGCGGCCGCAUAGCGUGGGUUUUGGCGUCGAGGUGCCGUUGCUAUCGUGAAAGUUGUUGAGUACGAGUGUGUUUUCCUUGGUGUUGCCCGUUCACGAUGUUGUCAUAAUGGCGGCGAAGAACCUCUAAGCAAGGUCCCGCUUCUUUUUCUGAACUUAUCCCCUAAGUCAGCUCUUGCUAUAAAGAC